AUGGCGGCGCCGCCCUCCGCCGCCCCGGCCUGCUCUGGCGAGCGGUGGCCUCCACUAGAGUCCAGCCCGGACGUAUUCAACCAGUUCAUGUGGUCGCUGGGCGUGCCGCAGGGCGAGGCAGAGGUCCACGACGUAUACGGUCUGGAUUCUGACGCGCUGGCGAUGGUUCCCCAGCCCGUGCUCGCCGUCAUCUUCUGCUUCCCCGAUCCGCCUGAGAGUUCAAGUCAUCCUUCAGAGGAAGUCUUAGCCACUCAACAUAAGGAAACUUCGGAUGAUGUGUAUUUCAUAAAACAGAUCGAAUCAUUAGGAAAUGCUUGUGGAACUAUUACUCUACUUCACGCUGUUGGAAAUGCAUGUUCAGAAAGUUUAUUGGAUAACUUAUGCUUGGACUUGUUCUUCAAAUCAACAGCUAGCAUGGACCCAUAUGAGCGUGCGAGAGUUUUGGAAAAGGACGAUGACAUUGCAAGAGCCCACUCAUUGGCUGCCAGUGCUGGUGACACAGAGGUCCCUGACAAUGUAGAAGAGCAUUAUAUCUGUUUCGUGGCUCUUAAUGGAACACUUUAUGAGCUUGACGGGAUGAAGGGUGGACCAAUAAAGCAUGGUUCCACAUCUCCGGAAAGUUUACUGCAGGAUGCUGUGCAUAUCAUUAAGGACAUAAUGCACAAGAUUCCCAGUUCGAUGAACUUCAAUGUCAUGGUGCUAUCAAGAACACUGAAGUAAAGCUGGACUGAAUACGGUAGAUGGAACGUAGAUCAUCAGUUUCAGCAAACGACACCAGCUUCCCACUCUUCCACAGGAGCUUCUGCCUGGCACUUCUAUGGUAUUCUUACUCUCUGAUGGUUAUCAGACCAUUUUGUAUAUCUAUUUCUAUCCUGUGCGCACACUCGUAAUUGUCAUUAAGUCAAAUCUUAGCAGUACUUCCUUGUUCCAACAUUUAAUACAGUAUAACUUCCUGUUCUCCAUGCAUGCAAAUGGUUUUCAUUAUCA